UCAACUGAUUUUCAUAUCGACUUUAUUAUUAAAAUAAAAUAAUACUGAACAAAAUGUGGAACUCUUGGGCCUCCCUCGAAACUCUGGUGGUGACUUCUUUAACACAGGAGCUACCGGGUCUCCCGCCACCUGAAGACGAUGAUAGGCCUUCUCCCGCUAAGAAGCAGAAAAUGGCGGAAGAUUUCUCCUUGCCACCGGAUAUGAAAAGAGCAUUUGCAGCAGAAUCUGCUCGCUUACAGGAAAUGCAGAGGAAAUUCAUACCCUAUCAACCGGCUCCAGCACUGGGUCAGUAUCCACCGGAGCCGGAGAACGAUCGCCGGAUGUAUGUGCCCAGCUUGAAUCAGUCUCUGACACAUCGCGACAUCUUCAACUACUUCAGCGCCUUUGGGGACCUGGAGCGCGUUUGUGUGAAGAAUGGCGUGGACUCACUAAACUAUGCCAUAGUGAUCUUCUUUCGAACCACAUCCAUGCAGAUGGCCAUUGCAGCCAAUCCGCACUUAAUCAAAGGUCAUCGCUUGCUUUGUCGCAAGGCUGCGGAUAAAAGUUCCAACACGGCUGUAAGGCCAACAAACCCAAAAAGGACUCUGUUGGAGGACAAUCCUGUACCUCUGGCUUUAGCAGUUAGGCCGCCCGAAAAUCAGCCCAUGAAACUAAUAGGGAAAUCUGAUCUAGAACAACCAAAGAAGACCUUGAGUGUCACACGAUCGGGGCAGGGAGACUUUAAGAACUUUAAUAUCAAACCAAAAGAGAAUUUCAUAAAGUCCAAAAAGUCGGUUGUUCCCCAAAGAGGCAAUCAAACCUUUGUGUAUGCAAUAGCUGCACCAGGACGCAAAUCCCGAUGGAACUUUAGCCUGGCCGGGGGUUACACCACCCCGGAAGAAAAGGAGGCUUUAAGGGAAGGAUAUCCGGAUGCUGCUAAGAAACUGCUGGAAGUUCGAACCAAAAAAAAUCUAAAUUCCUCAACUAAACCCAUAAAUUUGGUCAAGCCGACAAUGCCUUUGAAAACUCAAGAUCGAAACCAUCCCUCAUCGAUUCCAAAACAUAUACCUGAUAGUUCUCGUAUUCCUGUGUCGCAGCCUCCUGCAAGACUUCGACGUCAGAGUAUAUUAUUGACUCAUGAAGAACUCAUUUCAGUUUCAAAACCUGUUUCAGUUCCAGCACAAAAUCCUCUACAGAUGAUUUCUAUACCCAAUCCAAAGCCUGUUCCCUCCGUCUUGCCCAAUCUAGAAAUCUCCAAGCCCAAGACCAAGGAUCUAAAAGGAUUUCCCAGUAGUCCCUAUUUUGGCACGGACUUUAGGUACGAGCAUCAUUGCUAUACGAACGUUGUUGCUUAUCAGAAGACUAAGUUAUAUAUUGAUCUGGAACCCGGGGAGAGGGAAAGGCGAAAAACCAUUAAGGAAUUUAUUGAUGAAAAAUAUGGAAUGGAUAUUAAACAGAAUUAAAUAAUUUCCAUUAUAAUUAAUAGA